CGCCGUGCUGCUGCAGUCUAUAAUAUAGCUGAAACGACGCUCCGCCGCCGACGCGCUAGUAAGCUUGCCCGACGCGAUUACCAGCCCAACUUAAAGAAGCUUACUAAGCUAGAAGAGGAGGUAAUAGUUAAUUAUAUACUUAAUCUUAACUUACAUAGAUUUGCGCCUACGUACGAUGCUAUACGCGAUAUAGCUAAUAAGCUACUAGCUGCGCGCGGCGCUAGAUAG